AUGCGACCAGUCAAUAUCGAAACCAUCUCCCUGAGCUCGGCAUUCUUCCGGGACCGAGCCCUUCUACUUCUAAACUUGAACCGUUUCGCCGUCCGCAACAUUGAGGACGCACUUGACGAGAGCUUGGCAAAUGUCACCAGCAAGAACGGUCUAAUACUCCCCCGCGAAAUUUGGGACAUGAUCUUGAAGGAAGUCGCCUCCAAGGAUCACGAUACGAACGACCGAUUCUGUCUCGUCCAGGCAAAUUGCAUUACGGAAAUCCCCAAGGGGAAGAUCCUUCUCUGCCGUCGGGCAGAACUGCAGGGAGUCGCGCGGUGCGGUACCUUCCAGAGAGUCGGCGAUGUCGAAGCGUUCGAAGCAUGGUCGACCGCGCCGUACGAGCCCUGUGGGGAGCCGAGCAACAACGUGAGUAAGCACGUCGAUCCCAGUACAUGGAGGAUCGACCACCCAGACGGCCCGAGCAAUGAGUUUGCAAUCCGUCUCUCCUCCUCGCUUCCCGAGAUGCCGUUUCUCUACCAGGACAUCGAGGUUCCCGAUAUCGAACGUUGUACCGGUGGGUUGAUACUGAGCGAGCUAUACAUAUUCCAACGAUACUGCGGAGACAAGGUAUUGGUAAACCCAUUCUACAGCGAGACUCAUAAACCUGAGUUGCGGGAGGAACUGUGGGCUCUCGAAUGCACUCUAAAAUCCCGGAUUUACGGGAGGAUUGAGGAGCUUGGCUAUGAUGAGGAUGUGAUCGAAGAUGUCCCCGUCGCUGGGCGAGUAGCUUUGGCGCCUGCUGCUGAAGCAGCUGGUGCAGCCUCUGCGCCACUCGAUGUAUCCGAUUAUGAAAACUGCGAGGAUGAAGAUGAAGAUGAGGAGAACGACCAGGCCAAUCUUUUCGACGAUCGGGGUACCCGAGCUUGAGGAGCUGGAUGAUUCUUGACGAAGAGCGAUAUUGGUGAUGGGAGCACUUUGAAUAAUGUCGUCUUCGGAGAUAGAGGUAGCCCGUUGGAGCACAGGAGCAGCAGUGGCGAGAUGAGGGAGUGUCGCGGAUAGAAGCUGAAGGAUCGGAGCGAGGAGAGCGGCGCGCCGUCGAGGAAUAAACGUCAUUAUGGUGAAUGAUGGGGGUUCUGGGGGCGGAAUGGAAGGGGUUGGGGUUCGAGGAGGUUCCUAUUCCAAAUGCCGGCAUUGUCGUGUUGGCCCCGCUUAGAUAUAUAGUUAAUUG